UCCGGAAGUGGAGCUUUCUCUUCCGGGACGAGCGUCUGGGCGACUGCACGUGGCUGUGUUGCCUUGGCCUUUGCCGGCGCUACUGGAGAAUUGAUUGGAACUGUUACCCCGGAACAGCCGGAGCCAUGGAGGGCCAGAGCGUGGAGGAGCUGUUGGCAAAGGCGGAGCGGGACGAGGCGGAAAAGCUGCAGCGCAUCACCGUGCACAAGGAACUAGAGCUGGAGUUCGACCUGGGUAACCUGCUGGCCUCCGACCGGAACCCCCCGACCGGGCUGCGGCAUGCGGGACCCACGAAGGAGGCCGAGCUGCGAGCCCUGGCGCGGGACAACACGCAGCUGCUCAUCAACCAGCUCUGGCAGCUGCCCACCGAGCGCGUGGAGGAGACGCUGGUGGCGCGGCUGCCGGAGCCCACCACUCGACUGCCGCGCGAGAAGCCGGUGCCCCGGCCGCGCCCUCUUACACGCUGGCAGCAGUUUGCGCGUCUCAAGGGCAUCCGUCCUAAGAAGAAGACCAACCUGGUGUGGGACGAGGUAAGCGGCCAGUGGCGCCGCCGCUGGGGCUACCAACGGGCCCGCGAUGAUACCAAGGAAUGGUUGAUUGAGGUGCCGAGCAAUGCCGACCCCAUGGAGGACCAGUUCGCCAAGCGUAUUCAGGCCAAGAAGGAACGGGUAGCCAAGAACGAGCUGAACCGGCUGCGUAACCUGGCCCGCGCGCACAAGAUGCAGCUGCCCAGCGCGGCCGGCAUGCACCCUACCGGACAUCAGAGUAAGGAAGAGCUGGGCCGCGCCAUGCAGGUGGCCAAGGUCUCCACCGCCUCUGUAGGGCGCUUCCAGGAGCGCCUGCCCAAGGAGAAGGCGCCCCGGGGCUCUGGCAAGAAAAGGAAGUUUCAACCCCUUUUUGGGGACUUUGCAGCUGAGAAGAAGAGCCAGUUGGAGAUGUUGCGAGUAAUGAACAGCAAAAAGCCUCAGCUGGACGUGACCAGAGCCACCAAUAAGCAGAUGAGGGAGGAGGACCAGGAAGAAGCGGCUAAGAGGAGGAAAAUGAGCCAGAAGGGCAAAAGAAAGGGAGGCCGACAGGGUCCUGGGGGUAAGAGGAAAGGUGGCCCACCCAGCCAGGGAGGGAAGAGGAAAGGGGGCGUGGGAAGCAAGAUGAAUUCCGGGCCGCCGGGCUUGGGUGGCAAGAGAAAAGGAGGGCAACACCAAGGAGGAAAGAGGAGGAAGUAAAUUUCAGCCUCGGACUUGUUUGUAAACCAAGAACUGUACUUAAUGUUGACAUCUAGGCACUGUAGGGGGACACCAAAGAUGUGGCCCCUGCCUUCACUGAGCUUGAAGUUAAAGGGACAGCCUUGCCCUCCUCUGAAAAUAGUAUGUAAAUAUUGCACAGGACAAAUUAAUGUUAUUUCCCACAACCAAAACUUUGGCUGAAGAUUAAAGGAUGUAUUUAAGGCUAUACGAAUUAGGGAAAGAAUUUGGUCGAAAUUAGGAGUGAGUUCUGUUUUUAAACAGACUUUUUUUUUCCUUGUAAACUUUGUAUGUGGUGUGAGGGAGGUCAUAUUUCAAAGACUUUUAGCAUUGUUUUGAUAACAAGCUUCUGUAUUUAUCAAAGUGGGGGAACAAAAAGAUUACAAGGUUACAUUUUCAGAACUGUUGUAAAGGCCAUUUAAUAAAGGUAUGUCUGGAUCUAAUAUUGCUUUCAAAUUUUGUAAGUUUUAAGUAAAGCCAGUGACCUGGAUACGUGUUACAGAUUAUUUUCAUUUACUUUCUAGAAGAUAUCCACCAGCUAACUUAUGACGUUAGCAAGACCGCUUUAUUAGGAAAACUCAUGCUCCUUUUGAUACCUGAUAUAUUAUUGAAAGUGUACAACUGGUGUCUCUUUGAACACUGAAAACAUUAAUUUGCUCUAGCUGAUAAAUUUGUGCUUCACUAAAUAAUGCAAUCUUAAUUAAUCCUAAUUUUAUACUUAAAUUUUUAUCAACAUUUAUGUCUCCAGUUCUUUUAAAGCUUCAAGUGGGAUCUGUUUGGGGAAGAGAGAAACCCACAAAAACCUUGGAACAUUAUUAUCUUUAGAUUCAUUUGUCACAUUGACUUGAGCUGGUUUAAUUAGGAGAUGAAAUGUUUACAGCUAUCCUGGGUUUCUUUCCUUAAUUGAUUUCAGUAACUCACCUUCCUAAAUAUCUCCUGAAAAUUAACAGUAAAUCUAGAAUGGGGGGAGGGGGCUUUUUUCUGCUGUUAGAGCUCUAGGGAGCCACUCUACUCUUGGUUUUUGGUCUGACAAUUGAUAGGAAAUUAGAAUUGGGAGUUCGUUUUGUCUUUUUUUCAGUGUUGUUCCCUUUUUACAAAGUUGUAGAAAUUGCUAUGAAAGAAAGGAUUAAUUCAGAUUUCAUAAUGGGUUAAUAAAAAUAUGUUCAAUUG